AUGAAGGGUCUAUCAUGGCAAUCGCUUAAAGCGAAUUAUUCAUUGAUACCACUUUUUUCCAUUGUUACAAUUGGACUGGUAAUGGCAGGCGGACAUGCAAUUCGUUCUCUAGUAUAUUCAAGUGAUGUCAAAGUAAAUAGACGUAACUCUGAUCAUCCAUGGGACGCAAAAGUGAAUAGCGAUGGUUCAUUCCAACAUUCAAAAUAUUUUAAGAUUCAUGAUUAUCGUAAUAUAAGAAAGAGUGAAUAUGAACCCAAUCUCGACAAUUAA